CCAUUCCCCCAACGGCCGCCUCUGUGCGGUUGCACCAAGCAACUUACCAUCCAAGGCUGACGGAGACGGGAUAUCCAACGUCUGGGCGCCGAUCUGAUCCAAUGCUUGAACCCCCAGCCCCUACUAUGUACGGUUGCCCUGGGCUGGGGGCAACUUCCUCCGCCCGAGUGGGUUUGUUCCGCCAUGCGGUCCUACUCCUCUCUUGGUCCAUUUGUGAUUUGUCUUGUCUUGUCUGCCCUGGCGAAUGCUUAUUAGUAUCAGCAUCCUUCCUCUCUCCUUUGUUUCUUUUUCUCUCUCUCUCGAGGUUUUCGGUUAGAUUUUUGGCAGUUCUGUUGUAAUAACUUCUCGUCAUUCACUCCUUUUCUUCUAUUUUCCCCCUUCCGUCUGCCUUUUGGUAGGCGAGACAACUCGCCCUUUCUGCGUCUCUCUCAUAGACGACCGCCAACACAUCAUCUCGGCACGAGCUCCCUUUCUCGGAUAACUCAUUACGUGUUUGUUUCUUUCGGUCUUUGGAGGUAGUAACCUACCUACCUGACCAUGGCUCCAUCGCUCGGUGUGUUGAGGAAUGUUGUGGAACCAGCUUUCAUCAUCUUCGCCUUCACAGUCGGCGCCCUCAUCAACCGCCGCAGGCCGGACCACGACGAUGACGUAGACUCGUGCGAGCGUGGGUCGGAGGAUUCCUGCUCGCGCCCCACCUCUCCGCUCCUUAAGCCGGGGAUGCGGGCCGAGUCGGGCGAGGUGUCCCGCAUCGACAACAAGCUCCUCGUGCGCUUCUAUCGCACCUUUCCCUUCCUCGCCGAGAUUUGGUACUGGAACCUGACGUACUGGGUAUACCAGCUCCUCCGCGCCGUCUCGGCCCGCAUGAUCGCCGGAAACGAGGCCGUCUUCGCCAGGGCACGGGACCACGCCAUCGCCAUCCUGAACCUCGAGCGAUGCCUUGGCCUCGACGUCGAGCUCGGCGUGCAGCGCUCCGUCCUCGACAACGCGCCCUGGCUGAUGCCCUACCUCGCCAAGGUCUACUACUCCCACAUCAGCCUGGGCAUCUGCUUCAUCAUCUACUGCUACACCUUCCUGCCGCCGGGCACCUUCCAGCGCAUCCGCCGCACCAUCGCCAUGGACAACGCCGUCGCCUUCGUCGUCGUGACGGCCUACCGCUGCAUGCCGCCGCGCAUGCUGCCGGCCGAGUACGGCUUCGAGGACGUGCUCCACGGGCCCAGUGGCGGCGGCAACGUCUGGACCCAGAACCGCUUCCAGCUGACCAUCGCCGCCAUGCCGAGCCUGCACUGCGGCACCGCCCUCUUCCUGGCCUGGUGCAUCUGCCGCUUCUCGCCCCAUCGCCCGCUCCGCCUCGUCGCGCCGCUGUGGCCCGCCGCCAUGCUCUUCACCAUCGUCGCCACCGCGAACCACUUCAUCCUCGACGCCGUGGUCGGCGCCAUGGUCCCCAUUAUCGGCUGGAGGUUCAAUCGCGCCAUCCUCGUCCUGCUGCCGCUGCAGAACUGGGUGCUGGAGAGGCUGGGUCUCAAGGCGCCGGAGGAGGAGGAGAGCCCGAUAUACGCGCCCAAAGAGUGGUGAUUUGAACAGCGUAAAUGAGGCCUGGGGGGGUUGCAAACAGACACGAUUGCACUAUUUGGUCUCUCGAAAAUAUAUACAAAAAUUCAAUCAUACCCAAGUUCUUCAUUACCCGCUCGCUGCUCAAUAAAGCUGCUCCAGGCAGCUAUACGACGACGUCUGACUUGCUGUCCGUAGCACAAUACAGCUGGAAUCGAAGUCCCCCAGGCCUUUC